UUAAGAGCUUGUUCUUGCUUCACUUCGUUUUCAUACACAACCCACAACGACCCUUGUCGAAAACAAUGGCAUCUGAGCAAGAAAGGAGAGACAACACGACUAAGGAGAGGGAGACUCAUCUGGAGGUGGAAAGAGUCCCCAAGAUGACGAGCCACUUUGAGUCUCUCUCUGAGAGAGUGAAAGGUGGUGAUAUGGCCAGAAGUGAAAGUACAGUCCCUCCGAGUGAAGAGGGGUCUGGGAAAGGAGGAGAAGCACGAGGAGGGGAGUCAAGAGGGCCUCGUGCCAUAGGGAAGUUCGAAAUGAAUGUUGGAGAAGAGAAGGGGUCCAGUAGAGGAGGAAGGGAAGAACGAGAAGUUGAUACAGAGAGGAGUAGCAAAGAAGGUGGUCGUGAUGAGGAGAAAGAAACCACACCUUCACUAGAAGAGAUCUCCAAGUUCAGAGAAAAGGCGCAACAGAAUUCGAUAGAGGCUAUUAGGGCCGCUGAAGAGAGGUACCAGAAGGCCAAGGAGCUGGGUGCGUCGAAGUUGCAGGAUGUGAAAGAAUCAGUGGCUCCUCGAGUGGAAUCUGCAACUACUUAUGCCACAGAGAAGGGUGCCCAAGUAAAGGACACAGCCUUAGAGAAGAGUCAACAAGGCUACACCACUGCCAAGGACACCCUUGUAACUGCAGGCAAGACUGCAGCGGAUUACACAAAGCAAACAGCUGAGCAAGCGAAGGACUACACCUUGCGAAAGGCCACACAAGCCAAAGAUGUGAGCUUGGAGACUAGCAAGGGAGCUGCGGGGUAUGCAGGGAAGAAGGCUGCGGAGUUGAAAGACAAGACAUUGGCCACUGGAUGGGGUGCGGCUCAUUACACUACUGAGAAAGCUGUGGAGGCUACUAAAGCAGCUGCUGGUGCUAUUCAGAGUACUGCCGAGUAUACGGGUGAGAAGGUGGUGGACUACACUGGCAGGAAAAGGGAGGAGGCUCAGCAAGAGUUGGCAGCCAAGCAAUCACCUGAAACCAAGGGAAAGCCAGAAAUGUCGCCAAGGGGAACUGAACAUAAGAGCAUUGAAGGCGUUGGCGGAGUGCUGGAAGCUGUUGGCGAAACCGUGCUUGAAAUCGCACAGGCAACUAAAGAGCUUGUUAUUGGGAAGGAUCAAACUAGAGCAGGAGAGAAGGGUGGACAUGGAGAGAGUCCAAUGGAAAGCACCAAAGCGGAACUGAGAUGAGAGAAAGGGAAGAAGGAUGCGUCACAAAUGCGUGGGGAGAGAAGACAUAUUAGACUAAAUGAAGGUUUAUGCGAUAGAUUCUGUUUGUAAAUAUUGGAACCCCUGAGAAUAAAAUCUGAAUAUGUGAUAGAAGUUCAGAACCA